UCAGUAUAAGUCAAGGACUUAAGAAGUUUCAAGGUUUGCAGAACCUUACAGCCCGUCUUCGCCAUCAAGACACUCUCUUCUUUCGGCUUUUCUGAGGUCUAAAGCUCCGUCAUCAUGUCCGACACAGAGGAUGUUGGGGUCGAGGAGCUCGAAGAAGGAGCUGAAGAGGUAGUAGAGGUAGAGGUAGCCCCAGAGGCAGCUCCUGAACCGGAGCCUGAGCCUGAGCCUGAGCAAGAACCAGAGCCAGUGCCAGAACCAGAGCCAGAGCCAGAAACACAGCCAGAACCAGAGCCAGAGCCAGAACCAGAGGUGCAUGAGGAAGAGGCCUAUGAAGAGGAAGAGGAGAAGCCCAAGUUCAAACCAAGUGCACCAAAGAUACCUGAUGGGGAAAAGGUGGACUUUGAUGACAUCCAGAAGAAGCGCCAAAACAAGGACCUCGUUGAGCUGCAGGCCCUGAUUGAUGCCCACUUUGAGUGCAGGAAGAAGGAAGAGGAAGAGCUUAUUGCCCUGAAAGAGAGAAUCGAGAAACGUAGGAAUGAGAGGGCAGAGCAGCAGAGGAUCCGUGCUGAGAAGGACAAGGAGCGUCAGGCAAGACGUGAGGAAGAGAGGCUGAGGAAGGAGGAGGCUGAUGUUAAGAAGAGGGCAGAUGAAGAUGCCAAGAAGAAGUCUGCCCUUUCUAGCAUGGGCUCCCAGUACAGCAGCUACCUGCAGAAGGCUGAUUCAAAGAGGGGAGGUAAGAAGCAAACUGAAAGAGAGAAGAAGAAGAAGAUUCUGGCAGACAGACGCAAGCCUCUGAACAUUGACCAUCUGAAUGAGGACAAGCUGAAGGAGAAAGCUAAAGAGCUGUGGGACUGGAUGUACCAACUGGAGGCUGAGAAGUUUGAGCACAUUGAGAAACUCAAGAGGCAGAAGUAUGAGGUUACUACCCAGCGUAUGAGAGUGGAGGAGCUCAGUAAAUAGUGAGUAACUGGAACUGUAGGAAGUUAAGGCUUUGGUCAGCAACAGGGACAUGGC